UGUGACGAUGCCUGUGGUAUUUUGUAUAUGCAUCAUCUUUAUGCAACUAAUGAAUGUCAUUAUGUUUCAUGUUGUUUCUCAAACUUAAUAUUGUAUUUGUUUUUUCUAUUAUGUACAAUUUUUAUCUCUUUGUAGAACCAUGGCCGAAGAAGUAGGUACAAGGAGGAGGAAUUACUGCACAUGGGAUGAUGAGAUGGAUGCUGCAUUGCUUGAAGUCUUAGUUGAGCAUCACAACAAGGGUGACCAUGCCCAAAAUGGAUGGAAACCACAUGUGUACACGCAUGCCAUAAGGAAUGUGAAGGACAAGUGCAAUAAGGAUAUCACAAAGGAUAACAUAAGUGGAAGGAUGAGGACUUUGGAUCAUCACUAUGAGGUCGUUAGCAAAAUCCUUUCUCAAAGUGGUUUCAGCUGGGAUUGGACCAAUAAUAGGCUAUCAAUGGAUAGUAAUGAUGUUUGGGAUAAAUAUGUGGAGGCUAACAAGGCAAGCAAGGAGAUAAAGUCUUACAAGACCAAAGUAAUCAAGAACUGGGAGUCCAUAUGUAUCGUAUAUUCAAAAGAUCAUGCUAAUGGCGAGGGUGCGAAGACAGGUGCUGAGAUUGCUGCAGAGCCAUUAGAAGAACCAAUUGAAGUCUCUCCAGAAUUAGCACCAAAGAGGCAGCGAACAGGUGAUGCUAUUCUUUGCAUGCUUGGAGAUAUGAAGAAGGACUUAGUUGAUGCUUUCAAGACAACUGAGCCUAUUCCACUACCAAAGGUUACCAAUGUUGGGGAACCGGUGUCCAGGACCCUCGACCUCGAGAUGAGAGCAACACCAGAUGUUAAUGAAUGUUGGCAGGCGUUCAGCAAAGCUGAUGUAUAG